ACAUGUUCGUUAAACAAUGAUCAACAGAGUGUCGCAAGUGCUAUGCAGAAUGGCAUAUAUUUUAAUCUCUCUAGUCUAGAGGCACGCAAAUGUACUCGGCAUCAGCCAUGACCUCUGCUCGAGAUGUGAGUGUGCGCAGCGUGGUGGCUGAGGCUCGCCUGGAGGUGCUUCAGGUUUACCGGCUGCUGCACUGCGUCCGUGAGGGCGACACGGCCCAGAUAGAGAAGUUGGUGCGUCUGGGCGUGCCCGACCUCAUCAACCUGACCGAGCCCAGCCAGGGAAACAGUGCCAUGCACCUAGCCUGUGUGGCCAACGACAUCGACAUGGUGCGUUUCUUGCUCUCCCAGCGUGCCCACCCGAAUGUCCAGGACAAGGGGGGCCGCACACCAGCCAUGCUGGCAGCUCUGCUGGGCCAUGAUGAUAUUGUCGAUCUGCUGGCCAAGAACCACGCCAACAUGAGCGUGGUUGACAAUGAGGGCAAAGGUGUCCUGUUCUACUGUGUCUCCCCCACCAAACGGCACAUGCGCUGUCUGGAGGUGGCGCUCGACGCCAAGGCCGAUGUCAACAACGUAUCUACGGCCGGAAAACAUGUCUUCCAGCUGGCUUGCGAGCGUGCCUCUGACUGUGAGAGCAUGUGUGCCAGCAUCCUGGAGAGAGGAACCAACCCCAAUGCCACUGAUCAGUCAUCUGGUCGUUCGGCCCUGAUGGAGGCAACCCGAGCAGGGGCGUUGGAGCUGGUCAGAGCCAUCCUUCAAAGGGGCGGGAACCCCAAUGCCAUGGACAAGAAGAGGAUGACCGCUGUCCACCACGCUGCAGAGCGGGGGUUCUUUGAGGUGAUAGUGGUCCUGUCUGCAUACUUGGCAGACCUGGGCGUGACCACAAUGGACGGGAACACCCCUUUGCACUUGGCAGCAGCUGGAGGCUUCACUGAAUGCUGCAGGUUCCUGGCUCAGAGAGGCUGCAAAACUAAGCUAAAGAACAUGGACGGCUUGAUCCCCAGUCAGGUUGCCAAGAACAAGAAUCAUAACCCAGCCAUGAAGGAGCUGAAGAAGGCUGAACGGUUGGAAGGGAAAUUUUCAAAGCCAGGCGCCAUCAACCCCAACGAGCUGUGGGCGCUCAGGCUGCACGACUGGUCCUGCGAGCAUGAGACAGCCCUCCGAACCACCAUGGGGGUCCCUGAGGGGGCAGUGGGGCCCUUGGAGAAGGUUUCCCGGGAGAGGUUUGUGACAGCGUUGCAGGAGCACCAGGCACCGGUGGAUGAGGAGAACCUCCAGAAGGUGAUCAUUGAGCAUGACAAAAAGCAUGAAGGGUUGAUCCGUGUGACCGAUUUCUUCAAGGGGUGUGCUACAUCCAGAAAGCGUUCGCGCUCCCCCUCCUACGAGCCCAAGAAGAAGAAACCCGUGAACGUGGGCAAGGGGAAAAAGGGAAGCAGGUUUGCACUCCCUAUGCCCAUCUGCACUGUCCCCACAGAGCUCAUGUGCCGGCGUGAGGAUGGAGGGCCGCCCCACUUCAUGGUGGAGAGCUACCAGCAGUUCACCGACACCAAGCGGUUUGACCGUGACCAGCGGCCGGGCCACCCCAUUGAGGACGACUCGGUGUGGUACGUGGACGAGCCGGAGAAGGUGUAUGUCAACAUCAGCUAUUGCGUGAAGACCGGCGACCUGGAGUCUCUGAGUUUAGCCUUCAUUCAGGGGGUCCCUGUGGACGUGAAGGACUGCUACUACAAGACACCCUUGAUGACAGCCUGUGGGAGUGGGAACUAUGAUGUGGCCGAGUUCCUCGUUGGGCUAGGUGCUGAUGUGAAUGCGUGCGAUCAGUUCAGCUGGACUCCGCUGCACCACGCAUCCCAUGGCGGUCAGCUGGACAUCUUGGACCUCCUGGUGUGUUCUGGGUCAGUUGUUGAUGCGGUUGCGAUGAACGGGGCCACGCCCCUUAUGAGGGCCAUCGAGAGCUGCCGACCGUGCUGCGUGGACUACCUCAUCAAGGCCGGGGCCAGCGUGGAGGCUGAGAACAAGAACGGGCAGAACUGCCUUGACAUCACCAGAGCAUAUGGAGACAUCAGGAUCAGUGGUCUGGUCCAGGCCAAGUUUGACAGCCUUCCCAAAUCCAAGGAGGGAAAAGAAGUCGACAAACUUGCUGCCAAACCCGAGCCGACCCCUCCAGCCACUCCAAAGUCAGACUCUCUGUUUGUGACCUCAUCCGAGAUACAAGUUAGGAAGGUUUCGCUAAAGGACAAUAUCAUCUACUUCAACACCCAGAUCACAAGCAGAGCCACCAAUCGCCUCGACAUCAGCUUCACCCCAAAAACAGUGUGGGGUAAGCAGAUAACCAGUAACCAACUGAUUGAGAGGAAGGAGAGCAGGGCCCGUCUGUCACCUUUCAACCAGAACAUCCUGCGGAAGGCCCUGGAGGCGGGAGAGCUCGGGGACUCACGCAGACAGAAGUUGGACCCUUAGUCCAAACAUAUUGAACAUAAUUUAAACAGCGUACCAGAAACAUGCCGUAUCUGUCAAUGUAGUGCAUUAUUGUAUUCACAGUAGGGUGUCAUGUUAGAAGCAUGCAUAGAGAGGGACAGUGAGCGAGAGAGAGAGAGAGAGAGAGAGAGAGAGAGUGAAAUAAACCGACAAAUCAGACUUAUUGGCUGCAGACAUGCCACGCAGUGUUUUGUAAAUCUAGCGCGCCGUGAUGUUAUGGAGGCUGUAAUGUACCAUUGGUACUUAUUGGUGGAUGUUCUCAGGUGUUGAUACCGCACAUGGUAAAUCCGUGUUUUGCAUCACUGCGUGUUUUAUUCAGAUGUUCAGUGGAUGAAAAUGUACACUGUGCAAACAUAUAAGCGUAACAUGUAAAGAAUUGGUCCAAUAUAUCAUGAGCUUGAAUAAAAGGUCCCUGGCAUUUUCUAUGCACAAGUAUUUGAU